AUGCUCCUCUGCAUAGGAGUCAUCAUCGCCGUGCUAGUCUACGCCAGCAAAGUCACCGGCCAACCUUCCGGCAUCACAAAUGGUGACGACAAACAGCACGACGACGCCAAAGAUCCCAACGACUAUACGCAAUACGUAAACAUCUGGCUUGGCACUCAGGGCGGCGGAAACGAUAAUCCCGCUGUGUCCAGGCCAUUUGGCAUGGUCAAACUCGGCCCUGAUCUAUAUGCAUCAGGCGAAGAUGCAUAUUCUGGGUAUCUGUCGAACGGCGUAUUCUCUGGUUUCAGUAUGAUGCACGAACAAGGUACAGGCGGAGCACCCAAGUAUGGUGUCGUAAGCCAAUUACCGCUUGUAGGCGACGUGGCAGCGCAGCCUUUGUCGAAUUUGACCGUGGGGAGGCACAGUCAUAUGGCAGAUGGAGGGAGUAUAGGGUACUACAAGGCUGUGACGAGUGAGGAUGUGGUUGUCGAAUUGGCGGCGACGAGUAGAGCGGGGAUAUAUCAGUACACUUUUCCUACGGACAACAAGAAGAAUGGGAAUGUUUUGGUGGAUGUGUCGCAUGUUUUGCCGUCGUUCAGAAGGAAGGGAUUGAGUCAGGGGUAUGCUGGGGGGAAGAUUGGGGUUGCUGAGGAUGGGCAUUAUGAAGGAUAUGGCGUAUACAACAAUGGAUGGAAUCGGUCGCCGGACUGGACUAUCUACUUCUGCGGCUACUUCAACUCCACCCCCAUCAGCAACAAGACCUACCUCGCCACCGACGCAGAUGGCAGCAUUGCCCAAUCCAGCGGAACCGCAACAUCCAAUUCCAGCGAUGUGCGCGUAGGUAGUCUAUUCACCUUCAACACCUCGACGAACAGCGUAGUCACAUCCCGCGUCGGGAUAUCCUGGCUCUCAACGUCGCAGGCAUGCACAAMCCUGCACAACGAGAUCCCCGCCAGUACACCCUUUUCGCAGGUAAUCAACGACACAAAGACCCUCUGGAACUCGGACGUGCUCUCCAAGAUCACAACGUCAGCCACAAACGAGACUACCUUAGAGCUGUUGUAUACGUCGCUGUAUUACAUGCAUCUGCUCCCCACGAACCAGACGGGCGAGAAUCCAGGCUGGAUUUCGGASGAGCCAUAUUAUCAGGAUAUAUUCACUUUCUGGGACCUCUUCCGCUGCAGCACCUCCCUCAUGCAAAUUCUUCAACCAACCGCCUACGAAGAACAAAUCCGCUCCUUAAUCGACAUCUACCGACAUGAAGGCUACAUGCCCGACGCCCGCUCCUCAAACUACAACGGCCGAACCCAGGGUGGUUCCAACGCUGACAACAUUCUCGCCGAUGCCUACGUAAAAGGCGUGCGCGGAAAAGUGAAUUGGACAGAUGGAUACGCCGCAAUGCUGAAAGAUGCAGAGGUCCCGCCGGCAAACACAAUACCGCCCGAUCCAAUGGCGUCGGAUUCGUCGACUAAAGAAGGCCGAGGCGCGUUACCCGAUUGGAAGACGUAUGGCUUCAUAACGCCUAAAUAUACGCGCGCUGUUUCGCGGKCGGUAGAGUACGCAUACAACGAUUUCAGUCUAUAUCAGGUCGCUUCGGGCUUAGAGAUACCCGAAGAUGCAGCGAAAUAUAUGAAUCGAUCACGCAACUGGCGCAAUCAUUGGAAUCCAGACGCCACCUCGUUAGGGUUCGAAGGCUUUGUAGUUCCCCGUGACGCGACGAAGGGGUUUCAGAGUAUUGAUAUCCUGUCUUCGGGAUAUUGGCAUGAUGCAUGCUACGAAGCGAGUGCGUGGGCAUACUCGUUCAUGGAUGUGCAUGAUGCGGCGCACAUGAUUAAGUUGAUGGGCGGAGAACAAUCAUUCGAAGCGAGACUCAAUACCACCUUCGAAGAAGGCGCGGAUGGAUCGAGUGGGUCAUAUAUUUUCGAUCCUACAAAUGAACCAAUGUUCACAACCCCCUACCUAUACAACUACAUAAACCGGCCCGAGCUCUCAGUCCUGCAUGCCCGCAACAUCGCAAAGACGUACUACAACACCGGCGUCACGGGUCUUCCGGGGAAUAGCGACGCUGGCGCAAUGCAGACCUGGUUGUUAUGGAAUAUGAUUGGUCUCUAUCCGAUUACGGGCCAGACGACGUUUCUCAUUCAUUCGCCUUGGUUUGAGGAGUUGUGUAUUGAUCUGGGAGGCGGAAAGAAGCUAAACAUUACGGCGACCGGGGGUGAUAAUAAUGGUGAUGAGGACUACUUUGUGCAGCAGGUGAAAGUGAAUGGGCAGGCGUGGGAGAAGGGUUGGUUGACCUGGGAAGAUGUGUUUGCUCAGGGGGGCACGAUUGAGUUUGAGUUGGGGAGUGAGCCAGUGCAGUGGGCGAGGGGGAAUGUGCCUCCUAGUCCUGCUUCAUAA